GGCAAUUAGACCUCGAAUGCACCGUGACUUGGCAUCGUGACGUCGUGGCUGCUAAGAACAUUCUACUGAAAGGACUAUGGACAUUGCUUGGACUUCCAAUACCUGCUGCAAUCAACCGAUAUUGGAAUCAAAUCAACGCCGAUGCCGCCGUCUUCGACGACGAUAACGACGUGGACAUAUCCGAGCCCGAGUUCGAAUAGCAGCCAACUAAUCAUCACAAUACCAUACAAUAAAAUAAAAUAAAUCAUAAGUAACAUUUGUUACGUAACUGCUAUCCCGAAUAUGUGGGUUAGUUAUGCACAAAAAAAGUCAUUUCCCAUUUGGUUGAGAUGGCUGUGCGGGAGUACAAACAGAGCGUUUUUCCAUUAUAUGGGAAACACCCUAAUGUUUAUUCGCCUCAUUUUAGCACUGAAAAUGUAUAUCUUUUUAUUUGGAACCGAUAAAUAUUAUAUUUGCUUGUGUUGUAUCGUUGAAUUUUAUUGGAGUGUUUAAAAAUCAACCGGUCUAUCAAAGAUGUUUCAAAGCCGUUGACCUUAGCGAUGUGUUUAAUUUUUUGGCACUCUUGUGUAUACGAUUCAAUUGAUAAUGGUAAACACCAUGGCUUAGAAUGAAGCAAUUUUCUGUUGAUAAGUGCAAAAUGAAUCGUUGGUGAUAUAUCUAUCCGUUGAGGUUGAUUUUCUAUAAAUUCCGAAUUUGACAUUCCUUCCCUGUCGCUUAAUCAAAAGAUCAAGAAAUGGUAGAGUAUGUGUUGUUUCGUCCUCUUUUUCGUAUGUAAACUUUAUACUUGGAUACCGAUUAUUGAUAAUAUCCAGUACUUGUUCGACUUCAGACAAUUUUACAAUUACAAAAGUGUCGUCAACAUAUCGAAACCAAAUACGUGGCAAUAAUCCUUCACGUUUUAAUUCAGAUUCCAAAUUACACAUAAAUGCCUCCGCUACAUAUGGUGACAAACUAUUUCCCAUGCUACAUCCAAAAUCAUUCUUAUAGAAACGCCUCUAAAUUGGAAACAAUUGUGUUUCAUGCAUAUAUCGAUUGCCAUAAUAUAAGCAUUAAACUGUUCCUCAGUCAGAUCAAAUUGUGAUAAAUGUUUCUUGAUGGCUUCCAUGGCUAUGUUAAUUGGCACUGAUGGAAAAAGUGCUGUGACAUCAAAAGAAACCAUAACUACUACUAUAUACUACUUUUACGAUAUAUACUACUUUUGCUCUCAGUAUUCUAUGUGUUGUUUUAACUCUCAGUUCUCUAUAUUCUCGUUUUGCGCUCAAUAAUUUCUUAUGCUCUUUUUCCGAAAAUAAUCUUUAUAAUUUGUUUUGGCCUGAAGGCUCUCAUAAAUGGAACCGAUAUAUCGAGUGCCAUCUGUUGGAAAUAUCUUAAAUAAACUAACAAUAUAUUGUUUACUAGCAGACGAAAUGUCAAACGUUUCAAACACGAUAAUUUUGCGCCUUGAAUCGAGUGGAAAUAAUAACAUUUAGUUUAUUCAGCUAUAAAAAAGUAUAUUUCAUCGAAUGUUAAAGCCAUAAUGUAUAUGGAUGAAAUUUUGGUUCAGCUUAAAAAUUCAAUAAACAUGGAUUUUUGUGGUGAUCUGGCAAAUAUUCAAUCGAUAUUUAAUUACGCACAUGAAUACAUCAAACCUUUGAAUAAAAUUCAAUUUCGUGGCGGUAAUGAGCCAUACAUAGCACAUAUUGUUACCAAAGUUUUGGAGCUAUUCAAUAAAAAAGGCUACUUUGAUACAGUCACAUCCAAACCACAACCAGAAUUCGACGCACAUCUACGUAAAAUCGCAUUUUAUUUGGUUUUAAACACAGAGGCUACAUUCAAAUAUGAUUUGAAAGCUGAUUAUAGUGUUUGUCAUUUGUUGAACACAUUACCAUCAUUGCCGAAAGCACUGUUGCACGCCUGUAUUUGGGGCGUACAUCUUGAACGAUACUUUUGCGAAUGCAUUGCUUACACGCCAAUUUGGUUUGCAUAUCAAUUUAUCGAUAAUGUGGUGGAAAGCUUAAAAUAUGCCGAUCCAUAUGAGACAUUGGACCGUGUGGAUCAACUGUUGCGUGCUAUUUACACAAACAUCGUACGAUCAGAUUUUCGUCAAAUGGAAGCGGUUGACAAGAAAAUCAUUCUCAAUAAAUACUUUGAUGUUGCAACAGAUCUGAUGCGACAUUUUUACUCACCGGAUGUUGAGAAAUUUCAAAAAUGGUCAAAGAAUAAAUAUCGCAAGUACAUGGGAUUUGUGCUGAAGCAUAAUCUAAAUAUGAUUUUGGAUUGUUUUAAACUAUUUCGUAAGCGACCGAUGCUGAAGUCGGAGCCAAUUGAAUGUGAUAUAUAUGCAUUGAUGCGUGAACGUGAACCAUUAAUUGAUGAUCAUCGUGAAAGCUACACUGAUGCCGUACAAGAAACAUUACAUCGUAUGAAUACAAUGCUGUUGAAUUCGCUACAGUAUAAUGUAAUGCAAGUGGAUUGUAAUGCAUUCAUGUAUUGGGUCGAGAUUGAUAUUAAUGAUGAAUACACAUUGCAACGUGUAGUCGGUGAGGCUGCUUACAAGGUCGAACAAAUGAUCAAUUUGAAUGAAUGUUUUACACACGAUGUCAGUGCUCAACUAAAGUCGGUUGUGAUAAAACCGCCAACAGUGGCCGAAAUGAUUGCCCGUAUCGAAACAAUCGGCGAAUGGAUUGAAAAAUUGGAAAAACUGGCCGAUACAAAUGAUGAAAACAUCGAACUUUGGAUAAAUGGAUUUAUUGAUCAUGGCGAAUUGGUGCUGGGAAAUACGGAGUGUUUGGAGGCUCUUGAAAUGCAUGCAACAUCACUUACCAUACCAAUAAUCAAACGUUUGAUUUUAUUCGCAUCGAAUGCUGUAAACAAUGAUGAAGGUUGCAUCGUUGAAGAGAAACUCAUUGAAAUCUGUCUAAAUUCAUUCGAUCAAUUCACAACUGCACAAAUAUUUGAAUUGAUUCAGUAUUCCAUUGAUGAACAGAAAAGUGCAUUUGGAAAUUUUCAACUGGACAAUUUUGAUCAGUUUCUUAUCGAAGUGUUCAACAAAACGACAUUCAAACAAAAUCAAAAUGCUUACUUAAAGCUGCUUUUCCAAAAUCCGCAACUUUUCUAUGCAAAACUGUUCGACGAAGCUCUAACUACGGACAUGCAAAUGCAGCAUAUGAUGGAAAUUCUUGACACAACAAAAUUGAUUUUCAAGAAUUACGCAAUGAAUCAAGUUGAUAGUCUGAUUGAACGUGAAACAACCGAUGCACAAGAAAUUCUACUAUUGCCGAAACUGUUGGCAAAUUUGUUCUUCAUUGGGGUUCUUAAACAAUCUGAAUUGAUUGUAGAUAUUUUUUAUAAGCGUCACUUAGUCGAUGCAAUGAAGAAAAAAUGUUACAAUCGUUUGGAAUUGCUGAUUACAACACUCAAUAUCAUUGCGGUUAAAUUCAAAUUUGAAGGAAUGUGUCCACCACUUCUUGUAAUGAGCUCACAAGUACUCGAACUAUGCCGAUGGAAUCUCGCCAAAUUUACAGAUCAACUCGUUUCAAUAGUUACCAAAACUAUCGAACUUAUAAAUGUAAUUCUCAAGGUUUUCCUGCCGACAGCAUCGCAGAAUGAAAAAUCAUGGAUCAUUUCAAAACUGACAUCAUAUGGCCUACUUACACGAUAUUAUUUCCAAAAAUUGACCUUACCAAAAGAACGUUCACCAAAAAAAUUUGACGAAUUCAUAUGGCCAAGCAACAAAAGUCGACAGAAUCAACAAGAAUGUGUAACAUUUUUGUGUGAAUAUUUGGUGAGAUGCACAAAUAAGGAAAUAAGUUGGCUGGCUAAAAAUGAUUCGUUUUUACCACACUUUUGGGAAGCAUUUGAAUUGGUGUCAACAAUUGCUGUGCGCUCAAAUCAAGAGAAUGAAAUCAAUUGCCUGAAAUACUGUAGUAAUGCAUUCUUAUGGAUUUUUCAGAAACAUAUGUUAACAUCCGUCAAAUCCGACAUUGAACGAGCCAAUCUACUAACUAAAUUAAUCAAGCUACUGUGUGAUUUGAACUCGAUGCCGUUCUUCGGUGAUUUAGUAACCAGUGUCCAGGCAAUCAUCGUAAGCAACAUUGAGAAAUGCAACUCAAACGAUUCAAAGGAAGUCUUGAAGAAGUCAGUUCAAUCCCUUAUCAUUUAUCUGAGAAAUUCAGAAACAAAAAUGAAAUAAAAACUACUACGAUUUAUUAAUAAAGUGAAAAAAAAAUCGCCAUCAGUUUAUUCACAUAAUAUUUUUCAUUUGAUACAACGAUUUUGUUGCCAAUUUGAGUGAAUUAUACUUUCGAUUUGGAAUUUCGUAAAUAAUUUUUUUUCUAAAAACAAAUAAAUGUUAUUCAACGAAUGCAUGGAAAAGCGCUGAAAUUUACUGAAUCAAGAAUAAACAUUUUUUGAUCAUUUUUUU